CGCUUCCGGGCCUCCGGGCCUCUGGGGCUCGUGGUUUCUUCGGAGAUGUCUUGGGUUCGAGCUGUUCCCGAGGUCCCGAGCCCUGGAGAUCAGGAUGUGUUUGAUGAGGAAGCGGACGAGACUCUGUUAGUGCAGCGUGAAUGGCAGGGACAUAUGCGGAGACGAAUCCAAGAAGGCUACAGAGAUGGAGUAGAUGCCGGCAAAGCAGUCACGCUUCAACAGGGCUUCAAUCAAGGAUAUAAAGAAGGGGCAGAAGUCAUUAUAAACUAUGGACUACUCAGGGGAACACUGAGUGCUUUGCUGUCCUGGUGUCACCUUCACAGUAAUAGUUCAACUUUGAUCAGUAAAAUAAAUAAUCUUCUGGAUGCAGUCAGCCAGUGUGAAGAGUGUGUGCUUAAACAUCUGCAAUCAGUCACUCCACAGCCCCAAGUUACAGAUUUAUUGGACUCCAUUGAGGAUAUGGACCUUUGUCAUGUCGCUCCAGCUGAGAAAAAGAUUGAUGAAGCUAAAGAUGAAAGACUCUGUGAAAAUAGUGCUGAGUGUAACAAAAGCUCCGACAAGAGUCCUAGCGGGAAAGCUUGUUCCCCUUCAGACUGUUGCACUACACAGGAGCACGCGCAUUUGGAAAAACCAAGCCUCAGUUGGAUUCUGGAACAGACGACCAACUUAGUGAAACAGUUGGGACUAUCGGUAGACGUGCUGCAACACCUCAGACAACCAUAAGAUUGUCUCCAUACUGUAGUGGGAGGAAGUUCAUCAGAGCGAUGUGUGUCUACAUAAGAUGACCAUUGGUUGAACAGCUCACCUCUAGUUACCCCUGUGGGAUUAUGAGGGGUCUUCAGUGUUAACACUAGUAAAUGGAACAUAAGCCAUUAUCUUUGUUAUUGGUAACUUUUUAAAUUUUUAGAUAUAUUCAAAAAUCCUCAUUGUCAUUUUCAAAUUUCUAAGACUAGCAAAACCCAAGAACAAGGGGAAAAAAUCCAAUGCUGCUUUCUACUUCUGUAUCGGGUGACAGUUUAGGGCUCAUCACCAGCAACCAAACCAAAGUUGCCGAAAUAACCUAAAGGUUACCUAGAUAUAUAGAAGUAGAUGUAUAGUUAGCUAUACAGUAAAGUCAAGAGACCAGAGAAACUGACACUAUUGAUAUCAUUGAAUGAAUAAUCAAAAUAUUAAAAUUUACCUUGUUUACAUUUUGGUCAUAGAUGUUCAGUUCUAUGAAAAAUAGAAAAAGUACAUUUUCAUGCUAGACUGUAAAGAACUGCUUGGUUUUCUAGGCAGUGAGGAGUUGGCCAUGUUUUCUUAAAACAGACUAUUUCUGAGCUGCAACCUUAUUAUUUUCAUUGGAAAAAACACUCAGACCACUGACUUACCUGUAUUACUUCAACAUGAAAUGUGUAAUCCAGCAUCGACAGAAUCACAUCCAGAUUUUUGUUCCAUGACUUAGGGUCAGGGAAGGAUUUGUCAUCACUGUCCCCACCUGGAGUUAGUAUGAAGUGCCUGACUUGAGAGACACCCGAGUCAUUGUCUCUUAUGCCAGCUUCAGUUGCUAUUUGGCCAGUAUGACAGAUGCUUCCUUAGCGAGAGACUGGCAAGAAGACCCAAGGGACUAUGGAAAUGUUCUGCUGCUUUCUUAAGUCCCUCUUUAAAAUGCACAAAACAUUAAGAAAUUGAGGCAGCCAAAUUGUAGAGUUUCCAGUGUACUAAAACACGCUUAAGGUAUCAAGGUUACAUUUGAUGACUGGCUUUUUAUUAUGAAACUUUGUUCUUUGGUAUUAGGAACUGAACUUAGGGCCUCAUGAGUGAGUUUUAUAUUAAAAUCUCAAAUCCACACAAUAUUAUCAUUAGUCUAGAGCAGUGGUUCUCAGCCUUCCUAAUGCUGUGACCCUUUAAUACAGUUCCUCGUGUUGUGGUAACUCUCAACCAUAAACUUAUUUUCGUUGCUGCUUCAUAACUACUUUUGCUACUGUUUAGAAUCGUAAUGUAAAUAUUUUCCAAGACCGAUGUUUGUCAAAGGGGCCGCAGUCUGCAUUUUGAGAACCUCUGCCCUAUGGUGUCACUGUUGUUCUAGCCUGUAUUUAUACAGAAAUAACCAUCUCUCACAAUGCAUCUCAAAAUGGCUACUCAAAGUAAAGAUUUGAGUGCAGUAAAUCUUGAAAGUUUACUUGGGCAUUCCCUGAUAAGAGUCCCUGAAGAUCAGAUCCCUUGCUGCCAUUAAUUACAUAAGGUAUCCUUAUACUUACAGUCACAGGCCUGGAAGGGUAUUAGCUGGGGAGCUAGACAGGUGGUUCAGUGGUCAAAAGCAUCACUAUACAACCAUGAGUUCAGGUCCCAGGAUCCACUAUGGUCCCAAGCGUAUGUCAGCCCUGGUUGAGGCAGAGAUUAGAGGAUUACAGGGACUUGCUGACUUUCUGGGGAACAUCCUACCUCAGAAAAGUAAAGCAGAGAUUGCUAAAGGAGGAAUCUGAUGCCCUCUGACCUCUAUGUGCGUGCAGAGAUGUAUACCCCUAUACACUGCACAUACACACAAGAGGCUGUUGAGUUAAGGGGGGGGGGGUCUCUUUGCUUUGCUUUUAGAAAAGUUAUAAAGAAGUCUUGGACUGCAGAGGAGCAGCAAUGGUAAUGACAAACAAACACAGUAAAGGAAAAUCUACUUGUGCCCUUUGUCUUGCUUUCUAUGCCCUAACAGCCAGGUCUCCCAUAAAAGGCCCUGGGUGAGUGUAAAUGGGAUAGCAGGAGUGCCCUGCAGCUGUGACCAGAGUUUCAUGGCCAAGAGAUCACUUCUGGUGCUGACAUAUCCAGGUCUUUUUAAGCAAAUGGCAGGGGCCAAGAUCCUAUGCUUUCCUGACAUUUAAGUCACUAGAAGCCUAAGGCCAGCUAACUGAUUUGCAGAGAAAGUAAGCAGCUAAACUCACCCACUGGCAUCUUUAUUUCCAGCCGUCUGUUACUUGUCGGGCAUGGAUUCUGAGAAAUGUGACCUCGGGCAGUUGUAAUCUGCAAAUACUAACAUGUAGAAGCUGUUUAUGAUGUCA